UGUCGGAUAUCCGUAUCAAUUGACAUCCAUCCUCCGGGAGAGGUCUUGAAAAAAAAAUUAAAAGCUCACCAAAAAAAACGAACAAAUCGAUCUCGGCGAUCCCCACCACCUCCGCCGCCGCCGCCUCUUCGGCCUCAUCUCUCCCCGAUGGAGAGGGACGCGCCUCCCCUGAGCUCGACGCUGUUCAUGGAUGGCGUCGGCGAGGUCGUCCUCACCCUUCGCCCCGACGGGAUUUCGUGGAAGCCCCUCGACGCGGGCGUGGUUGCGUCUUCUUGCUUGGGUAUGGACUUCCGUUCCAAGAUACAAACUGAGAUCAAAUUCUCAGAUGUUUAUGGUGUGGAGCUUAUUGAUUCUGGCUUGGUUCACAAUGGCAGUUGGAACAUUGGCACUUUUCGUUGGGGCGGUGAUUCUGAGGCACAUCGUUUUGUGGUGCAUGGAUUCCUCGGAGAAAGAGGAAGCGCUUCUCCUUGGGUUCUUGUGGCAUAUACCUUUGGGCACAAGUACUUGAAGAUUUGCCAAAAAUGGGUUGAACAUAUAGAGGCUUGUAUAAAAAAUGAACCAGCCAGGCCGCGGAGUCUUUUGGUACUUGUUCAUCCAUUAUGUGGAAAAGGAAAAGGCCGCAAAAGUUGGGAUACAGUUGCUCCUAUAUUUUGCCGUGCUAAAGUUCAAACAAAGGUGACUGUAACUCAGAGGGCGGGGCAUGCAUAUAAUAUAGUAUCAUCAUUGUCAGACAGAGAACUCAGAUCUUUUGAUGGCAUUGUUGCUGUGGGUGGUGAUGGCCUCUUCAAUGAAGUUCUUAACGGGCUUCUGGCUUCAAGGCAUGAAGCUUCUUAUCCGCCUUCUCCAACUGAACUCAGCUUUGCUGGUUGUGGUGAACAAAGUCAGCAGUGUAGAGAUAAUACAAAUGGUAGGUGCUCUUCUAAUGAUGUAAAUGACAUGGCUUCUGAGACUUCAUUAACAAGUGAUGACCAUGAACCUCUUCUCACUUCUUCAAUGCCUAAUGGAACAGACAUCCCAAAAUCCACAACUAAAAAUGAAGAGUGCAAUGCAGCAAAUCAAGCUCCUUCGACUCCCUUCCCAAAUGAUUGGUUUAGACUCGGGAUAAUUCCUGCUGGCUCAACUGAUGCCAUUGUGCUCAGCACAACUGGGAUUAGGGAUCCUGUAACAUCGGCUUUGAACAUUGUCCUUGGAAGAAAGAUGUUACUUGAUAUAGCUCAGGUGGUCAGAUGGAAAGCUAGCCCUUCACCUCGGGAUUUACCUUCCGUGCACUAUGCUGCUUCAUUUGCAGGGUAUGGCUUUUAUGGUGAUGUCAUCAAGGAGAGUGAAAAGUAUCGUUGGAUGGGCCCAAUACGCUAUGAUUAUGCUGGAACAAUAGUGUUUCUGCAACACAGAUCAUAUGAGGCAGAAAUUGCUUAUCUAGUAGAGAAAGCUGAUCCAGUUACUAUACCAACAAGUAUGGCUGAAACUGGGACUCAACCAUCUCAAGCUUUGCAAAAAAGUCCCAGUAGGCUGAUUUGCUGUGAAAAUUGUGCUGUUUGUGCUGAAACCGCCACAACUGCCAACAUAUAUUCUGAGAGUUCAAGGUGGGUAAAAUCCAAGGGACGAUUUCUAAGCAUUGGCGCAGCUAUUAUGUCGUGCCGCAAUGAAAGAGCCCCCGAUGGUUUAGUUGCUGAUGCUCACCUGGCUGAUGGUUUCCUUCAUCUCAUACUCGUUAGAGAUUGUCCUCGGCCUUACUACCUAUGGCAUCUCACACAACUGACGAAGAAGGGUUCUGAUCCACUGAAUUUCAAGUUUGUAGAGCAUCAUAAGACACGUGCAUUUACUUUCAUUUCGUCCCAAGAUGAAAGCGUUUGGAACUUGGAUGGAGAGAUGCUUAAAGCAUGCCGAGUCUCUGUACAAGUGUUCCGGGGCCUCAUCAACCUAUUUGCAUCAGGACCUGUAGUUUAACUUCAUUCUCGAGGACGUUCCAAGUUAGACAGAUACUGCACCGGGGAAGGAUGGGUUGCGAGGAUCAUACGACGCACAUAAUAGGUAAUAUAGGUAACUUAAACAAGCUUUUUGGAUCUGAUUUAUGAUUAGGGUAGUUGUUAAUGUGUAUAUUCUGAUACAGUAUCUGUUCUAUCAAUUAUUGUUUAUGUGCCACGAGAUCUAGACAUAUCACCCAAUUUUGGAGGUUACAUCUAACUGUAUCAAAUUAUAAAUAAGGAAGAAACUCAAAAACUUUUUGCUUGAGACGACUA